UGUUCGAUAGCGCGGCAUAAUCCGCCCUGCGAGUCAUCUCGAACGGCCUGCUAGGCCGCUUGUACUUCCUCUAAGUCUUCCGGGUCUACCCUGGACCCAGCCGCCACAAUUUCUACUCCAAUCCGCAUCCAGUCGAUACUUUCCCCUCCUGAUCGGUCGGACGCCGAUGCAACUUCAAAUAGAGCACACUAUCAGGCCACGCCGCAGAGGAAACUCGAAAAGACCUACUCUCCCCCGGAUAGUGGCCUUAGACCUCCGACUCCACCGGUACCUCCAAGUCGGCAACCUGUGAAUACCGACGCAACACGAAUAGAAGCCCUUGGAACCGUUGCCGUUCGGGGGCUGGGGGAUGACGAGACAAAGGCCAUGGUAGCAGGCAAUCUUGAGGGGAAGAAACCCCCCAAGAUGCGUCCCCCAAUGCGAUCAAGCAUCGCUUGUACAAGGUGUCGAAAGAGUAAAAUAAAGUGCGAGAACAAUGGUGGCACUAGCCCUUGCGAUAGCUGCAUUAAGACAGGAAAAGAAUGCGUCUUCAAAUUACCCGACCCCGUUCCCCCGAAGAGAUCCGAACCGCCUACGGGAGUUAGACAAGAACGCGAUGGAGGUUCAGAUAGAAAGAAGCUUAAAAAGAUAGAUGAUAUAUCUAAAGUGGAUAACCAGAGAGCGAGUGUUUACGCCGAGGAAGUGCUGUCUGCACCUUUCUUAACAGAAGAUUUGUGGGAGCAAGUACUAGAUCUCUAUAAGUUACAUUUUGCUCCGGAGCUUUCCUUCUUGCACCUACCUACGAUGAAGGAGAAAUUAGGCCGGAAGUUCAAAAACGCUCAACCAGAAGCUAGUUCGGAGCUCAAUUUGGUGCUGCUGGGCGUUCUAACCCUUACUGCACGUUUCCACCCGGAUCUCGUUAAGUACCUCGCCCAUAUCUGCAAUAAUCAACCCGGCAACGCCAGGACUCGGCCAGUUCAGACGCAGCUUGACCCUGCUGCCGCUUCCGAAUAUUAUGCCGAUGUUCUCACCAUGGCCCUAGGCCCACUCCGAACCGCGAUGAAGGUUGCGUCUGUCGAGAGGGUAUCAGCGUUACUUAUGCUAGGGUUAUACGAAUGGAGUCAAACGCGACCUAAGACGGGAGGGCUUGGAGCUUGGAUGUACGUUGGCCUUGCUAUAAGGAUGGCGCAAUAUUUGAGACUUGGGUUUGGUGAUGUUCCUGAAUCGGGAGACCCUCAUGCCAAAGCUACUGAGCUUCAGAGAAGAGAUUCAUGUCAUCAAUCUCAAAUUGCAUUAGAAAAGGAAGUCAGGAGGCGAACGAUGUUCAGCUGCUUCAUUCUGGAUCGUAUGCUCUCUUGCGGCAAGGAACGAACGUCUAUUGUACGACCCGAGGAUAUACAAAUCCAGCUUCCGUGCUCUGAAGAUAAAUUCGAUUUAGCCAUGGAAGUAUCGACAGGCUUCCUUGAGGAUAAGGUGCGCCACGGCAUGGACGAUAGUGUGCUAAGCCGAUUUAUUCAGUUAGUGGACUUAUGGGGAGAAGUAUCGAGAUUUAGUUCAGACGGUGGCCGUCUUAACAAGACGGAAAAAGAUUGCCCGCCAUGGACUAAAAACAGCACAUUCUACAAGCUGAAUGUGAAGCUUGCCGAAUUUGAUGCAGGACUUCCAGGCACAUUUACCUUUUCACGAUCCAACUACUUCAAGCAUGAGAACCACCAGGCAUCCAGCGCGUACGUGCUGCUUCACAUGCUCAGAUCUCUCUGCUUGAUCAUGCUGCAUCGGGAAUAUAUACCCUUCGUACCUAUUCGGUGUGAACGACCCGAAGGACCGCUCGACAACCCAACUUUUCCGGAGGAUAAAUACGGUUCUCCUCCAGAAGGAUUUUGGAUAGCCAGUGCGGAGCAUGUAUUUAAGGCGGCCCGGGAUAUUAUCGAUUUAAUCGAGAUAUGCCAGAGGAAAGAUAAGUUGCCACAGUCAACUAUGGUACUCUUCGCUAUUUGGACAGCCGGUUUUGUGGGACUCUAUGCCGAACACUUCCCCGCAAUGGACACAGAGAGGCAUAUGCUGGACUACGAGUUCGAAGACACUCGACAACCCGAAUCUGUAGCUGAAGUAUUUAGGCAUGGGUCUGUAGCAUUUGCAUCCGUGACGCUUCAUAAGAUGUCAAUGUGGCUCAAAAUGGCGGGUACUUACGGAGCAAUCCUACAGCAAAUGGACAAGUAUUUCGAUACUAUCAAGCAGGAUUAUUGGCGGUUUGCCACGAAAAAUUCAGGGACGGUUGAGACGACAUCUCGGGUCCGCGAAGGCGGUACUGGUGGUGCGCUCGAAGAAUACAAACCUAUGACCAAGAAGCUAAAGGACUUCGGGGUUCUCCGACCUGAUGACCACGACCACGGCGAUACCUCAGAUCCAGCAUUUACGAUUCCUGUAGAUCACGUGCCGGUAGGAACAGAUGUUUUCAAUGGGUCCAUAGCGAAGAAGGGCUCGAAAACCGCUGCCUCGGGUUCUUUUACCGCAAUCAACCACACACCGAUCAUGCCAGCGCCGGAUGGCGGGCGCCCGUUUAGCAGCGGAGCAGGCUAUCCAACUCCCCAGCCCGAGGCAUAUGCCGACUCUUGGCGGUAUCACAGUAACAAUAUGCGGCAACAGCCAACACCUACCCAGGCAUAUCCUACAUCGGAAGCAAUAGCCGAUCCUACCUCUACCAUCGCCGCCAAAGCUCACGACCAAGCCUUUUGGGACACCUUCCAAAAGGAAGAACCGCGACGAAUCGGAACGAUAGGAGAUCUCGGAUAUUUCUCGUGCGGCGACUCCCAAAUCGACGUGACCGAAAUGCCCUUCGGAGACUCGUCUUAUAUCCCGGUAUUGACAGAUACGUCUUACCAGUAUCUGCAGCCGGUAGAUUACUGAACUUUGAGCCAUGCCGAUCGGGGCUAGGUGAGGCGAGACGGGGAAGCGAUAUACCCACCGCGGAAACUUUGAACCGGGGGCGUCUCGG